AUGGAGUCAAUAUAUAAACAAAUAGAUAAGUAUUUCAAUGAGGUCAAUUAUACUAAAUGGAAUGUCGUUGAAUGUUUGCACAAGAUCAAGAAUCCAACAUUCACAUCUGCCAGUAUGGAUGAAGUUGCAACUGUUAUAAGAGAUACAAUUAAAAGUCGUCGCAAAUCUAAUGCAUUAUUUGUAAAUGCCAAGCGGAAACUAGAAAGUCUGGAAUUGAGUUUUGAUGAAACCUGGAGACGUCCCGAAAUUCGCCAGUUCUUUAAUAAACUGGAUCUUUCUUACACAAAUAAACAUCAACGACCUGAAAAUAUUCAUGAGGAAGGAUUAAUACAGAACGUCAGCGAAGAUGAAGCUCAGACUCCUCCAUCGAUUGCCAUUCAUUCCAAAUCAAUCAGACCAUUGUUUGAAUCUAUCCAGGAGGACCUUAUCUCAUCUAUUGCUGAGGGAAGCCUUGCCGGAGAGGACAUGGCUUCAACUGACAUAGUUCGGAAACAACCUUUGAGGAUCCCCUUCAAAAACAGAAUUUUUAAUCCAUAUUAUGGAGUCAUUGAUUUGACUGGCCAGUAUAUUGAGCUCAAGUCUGCAUUUACUACUGAAGAUUGGCAAGAGCUUCGAGAGAUAUUCAGUUCCGUGGUUCAAUGGCAAUCCAUCCAAACUCCUGAGCAUUUUGUGCAGUACUUUGAUGAAAAUUGCAAACUACCAUCUGAACCAAGAGAAGAUCUGAAAGCCUUCCAUAUUGCAAUUGAGUUCCUCAGACAAAUGAGUUAUCCUCUUGAAGCCAUUAUGUCUGAGUCUGUCACACAUGCAUUGUAUUAUCCUUUGAUUGUUACAAUCCUCCGUGACGAUAUCACAUCGCAGCUGGAAUGGGGGGAGAUUACUUCGGACUCGAGUUCUGAUGCGAAAAAUAGUAACUCCAGCCCCAACAAUAAGGCCAAACUUGGUCAUAAGGUGGAUUUCAAACUUAGCUUGAAAAAGCCAAAUUACAAGCUGCAGAUCGUCCAUGGUGAGAUUUCAGGCGGCAUCAAGGACGGAAAGACAGCAACCUGCAAGCGUAAACACUGGCUUGAUAAGCUCAAGCUUAUGGUUAUGUUGCGAGAUGAGUUAAAUCAGCUCAUCAAAACAUACAGCAAGUUAGGCUGUGCUGAAUUCUUGCAUUUAGUUGUAUAUGGAGUCCAGGUGGUCGGAUUACAAAUAAAUGUCUAUGCUAUGUUCUGGUGUGGUGGGGGAGUCUAUCUUUUCGGAUUGGUCGAUCAAUGCUUUGUACCGAACAACAAAGAGACCCUCUACUCAUUAGAGGAGGCAUUUGCGGUUCUGAAGACGUUGCAAGUGAAAGUCACGGAGGCUUCAAGACUACUAAUGGACAUUGAAAUGAAGCAUGCAAGAAAAAGAAGGCGGUCUGUACGUGAAGAACGAAUUGAUCCUGAAGAACUU